UCAGUGUGGGGGCGGUUGCCUCACGUAAGAUGGCGGACGCUGCUUCGUUGUUUCGGACAGCGCCCGUUACAUUAUAUCGCCCGAUCGCUCCUUGGGCGAAGCGUUGCUGCCUGCUGCCCUCCCUACCCCCAGCAGCUGCUGUGGAGUCGAGGAAAGGGGUCCCGGAGCGGUGCUGAAAGAGACUCCCCGUGCCCCGCGUCGUCGUCGUCGCCGCUGCUUGAGACGAGUGCAGAGAUGCAGGGUAACACGGACGUGAUGUCCCGCGCUGAGGACGUGGCUGACCAGUUCCUGAGGGUAACGAAGCACUACCUCCCGCACCUGGCACGGCUCUGCCUGGUGAGCACCUUCCUGGAGGAUGGCGUGCGCAUGUGGUUCCAGUGGAGCCUCCAGAGGGACUACAUCGACCGCAUGUGGGGCGCCGGCUUCGUGCUCGCCUCGCUCUUCGUCUUCAUCAACCUCGUGGGGCAGCUCAGUGGCUGCGUCCUCGUGCUCAGCAGAAACUUUGUGUCGUACGCCUGCUACGGCCUCUUUGUGAUCAUCGCCCUGCAGACGCUCGCCUACAACAUACUGUGGGACGCGCAUUUCCUGAUGAGGAACCUGGCGCUGGGCGGGGGGCUGCUGCUGCUGCUGGCGGAGAACCGCUCGGACGGACGCAGCAUGUUCGCGGGGGUGCCCACCAUGGGGGAGAACUCCCCCAAGCAGUACAUGCAGCUGGGAGGUCGCGUGCUGCUCACACUCAUGUUCAUGACCCUGCUCAACUUCGAGGCCAGCUUCUUCUCCAUCGUGCAGGAUCUGGUGGGCACGGCCCUCAUGCUGCUGGUGGCCGUGGGCUUCAAGACCAAGCUGGCGGCGCUCACGCUGGUGCUGUGGCUGCUCGCCAUGAACGUCUACAUGCACCCCUUCUGGACCGUGUCCAGCAACAAAGCCAUGCACGACUACAUGAAGUACGACUUCUUCCAGACGCAGUCGGUCAUCGGCGGCCUGCUGCUGCUGGUCGCGCUGGGGCCCGGCGGCGUGUCCAUGGACGCGCACAAGAAGAAGUGGUGAGCGGCGGCGGCGACGGCGGCGACGGCGGCGAAAGAUGGGCGCGCGACCGCUCUUGCGGUUCACUUGCCCGCCCGCUCGCCCUUCCGCUCGCCCUUCCGCUCGCCCUCCCGCCCAUUCGCUCGUGCGUGUGGCCACACGCCGCCGCGCGUUCUCUCGGUGGACACGUUCAGAAGCGGUGCCCAGCUGCCGCCGCCGCAGUCGCUGCGACGCGAUGAGCCCGCUCACGUUUUCCGCAGCGCCCGAAGAGAAACGCCCGCGACGGGCGCACGUUCUGGCGGUAAACGCGACGCUUCUGGGCGACGGCAGUGCUCUGCCGUAGUCGGGUGUUUUAUCCGUUAUUGGCCGCAAAAAAAUCAAAAUAAGUUUGAGGGCGUCUGGGGAAAACCUGGCCCGGCUCACGUUUGUUUGUCUGCACGUGCAGCGUUAUUUCUCUGUGCUUGCGUCUAUUCUGUCCUGCCCCCCACCCCCCCCCCCCCCCCGAGAUGCCUUAACGAGUCCGUAAGUCGGCAGCCCAACCGCUCCGUUAGCUGCCCCUUCGCGACGUUGCGAUAAUCGUUCGAUGUUUUAGCUGUCCGCGUUGAAAGCAUCGGGCGAGUUCAGAGAACGUCGCCUCCUUUGGGUGGGCAUCGCGCGCUGCGGACGUUUCUGUUUGGAGGCGAGCGAGAGAGACGAGCCGACUCGACGUGGAGCGAUGUACUCAAUGUUUAUUUCCACACGAGCCACGCGGAGACAGUGUUGCGUUGAAUCCGGGUGGUGGGUUUGGUUUGGAGGAUUGGGCAUGGGCCGGAUAUGUUUGGAGUAAGACGUUUUAUUCCUCUGUAAAGCACUGGCUUGCAAAUGUGAAGGGCCCCAGUAUUUUAAAUGCUUCAUAUCAUCAAAGUCAAUUUCCGUUUAUAAGAAGAUUACAUGAUCGUAACUUGCGUCAAUGCGAUGUCCGUGUGAUCGUUUACCAAAUUCACACCUCGGUACAUAAAUACUGUCAUGAUUGUGUUCUGGAACAAUAAAGCAUUUGUUUCCGAAGCAAAC